UUAACUCCAGAAAGUCAGUUAUUUCUCGGCCUUCUUUACAACAACAUCAUCCUCCACACACAUACAGCAAUCAUGUCUAGAGUUUUUGUUGCUUUAGUCGCCCUUCUCGCGACAGCCGCCGCCGCCACCAUCAAGCAGCAAAAAUUGAGCGUGGUUGCUGAACCCCAGGCCCAAUCCACCGACGCCAUCGGCGUCAUCGAGUUCGCAGGCGACUACGGGUCUCACGGGGGCAAGAAGUACUCUUCAAGCGCCGAACUUACCAGCUUGGCACACUCCUCAGCCCUCCAGGCCAAAACCGCAGUCCGCAACCAACAGGCCGCCGGCAUCCAGGCCGCGUUAGGCGCUCAAACCGGAUACGCUCGCGCCGCCCUCGAAGCCGCCUCUGCCGCCCAAGUGGCCCUCGUCGCUAAGCAAGUCAUCGUGCAGAAUCUGCAGAGGCACAUCGAGGACGCCGAGCACCAGCUCCACGCUGAAGAAGCUCAGUACCAACAAUCUCUGCAAGCCGCCAACGCCGCCCAGAACGCCGUCCAGCAAAGCCAGCAACAGUUGCAAGCCGCCACCGCGGCCAUCGCCGCCGUCCAGCAGUCGGUCAGCCACUCCGAGCGCGCCGCCGCCGCCGCGUCUCAAGCCGCCGCCGCUCAACACCAGAUGAUCCAAGACGCCCAACAGAGACUCGGCCGCUUGCACGAGAAGUUGCACGAGGCUUUGUCCGGGCUCCAGGAGACCGAGCUGUCUGCUCAGAGGGCCGCCGCCGCCGCGCAGGUGGCACAAAGCAACGCCGCCGCCUCCGCCCAGUUGGCGGUAGCGAACAGUGCGAGUAAUCAGAUCGAUGAGCAUGAUGUUGUUGGUGAUUACCAUCACUAGGGGCUAAGAGGUGUCACGGCGCUCAUUCUGUAAAUAUUCAUCGCAUCGAGAAUAAAUUCUGUUGAAACUAAAAA